AUGGAGCCGGCAGUCUUCGUCACGGAGCUCCGCCACAGGUUACUGGUUGCCGACGCUGCCGAAGACACCUGGUGUCCCAAGUGCGAUGGCGUGCUUGACCGGCAUUCCUUGCACGCGGGCAGUUGUGUUGCAGGCGGGGAAAGGACGCUGCGGCACAACGCCGUGCGCAACUUGGUGUGCUCCUGGGCUGAACGUGGCGUCUUACAGCCUGAGCGGGAACGAGCUGGUCUUCUUCUUCCCCAACGCCCCGACGAAGCUGCGCUGGCUCGACGCAGACCCGCUGACGUCUUCUUGCCCGCUUUCCGAGGCACUCCCACCGCCCUUGACUUUGCCGUGACUGUCAGCGGUUGGAGUCCCUCGCGGAGGCGGGGCGAGAAGCGGCAGCGGCUGCGGCUGCGUAUGCUACAGUCAAGGCGGCGCACAUGGGGACUGCGGAUGACUGCGCUCGUCAGGGUGUCAAGUUCCAGCCCAUGGUGCUCGAGAGCCGCCUGGGACAAGCAGGCUGCGCGGGUUCUGUGGGACAUCGCUCGAGCGGUGGCUACGCGCGAGGGCGAGGGCGCAGAGACGCUGCAUGGAUACCUCUUGCAGAGAGCUCUGCAUUGCGGUCAGGAGCCACCGUGCCCGAGCCGUGUUGCGCCGCCGGGCCUGGGCGACUGGGCGGUCUGGAAAUCCUGUCUCGCAUUUGCACCAGUUGGCUUGUACGAGCCUCUGCAUGCCUGGUCUUCGCACCGCCCUCAGAAGCCGGGGUGGUUGCGCAUGCUGGCUUGCACGAGCCCUCUGCAGCAAGAGCCUUCCCUGCUGAUGCUCUUGCCACGUGCGGCUGCGGGCUGCGUGCCUCGCCGCGUUGAAGAGAUGGUGCCUGCCGAGCCCCAAGGCGACCUCAUGAGGAGUAAUACCCGCCUUUUCCCUGAACUCGGUUUGUACGACAGCAGCGCACGGUUACCUCAGUUAGUUGCUUUGUUCCGUGGCCAGAAGGCCGAGAUCCACAAUGACCAGUGGAACGAGCCUGCAAUCUUGUACUGCCAAUCACGCAGGUGA